AUGACCAGAUCGCGCAGGUCUACGCGCUUGACAGGCCCCAGGACUAAAUAUACAGAAGAUCCAUUCGAAGUCGCUGGGGUUAGCGGAGGUUCAGACUCAGAGGCUAUUCCGAAGCCGUCCGAGCGGAAAGGAAAGAGAGCAGCCAAGGCAGAUGACUCGUCCGACGAAGAGUUUCAAGACGUCCCUGAUGACGAGGAAGAAGAUGAAGAUGUUGACAUGGAAAAUGACGACGAUGUCUACCUGGGAAGUGGAGAUGAAGAGCCUCCCAUGGAAGAAGAUGACGAGCAAGAAGGAGACGAGAAGAGCAGUGGGAGAAAGGUUCCCCAUCCGCGAUACCACAAGAAACGACGACCAGAUGGGACGGUCGUGCUAUCUGGGGACGAGACGCACUCUCGGGGUAUCGUGAAUCCCUCUGAACAUGUUGGGAAAACGGUCCAUUUCCGGGUGACCUUUGGUACGGAUGAGAGGGAUGUCCUGGCUAUUAUAUAUGCGAGGGACCGGUGGGGUCGGGGCAUUGAUUCGUGCUUUCCCACCCGCUCUUCUUUGAAUGAGGCUCUGAAGAUGCCUGAAUAUGGUUACGGGCCGACAUUCGGGGUUGACCCGGAAGAUGUCAAGAGGGAAAGUACUCGGGGUUGGGACUGGUAUUACGGUGAUGAUAUUGGAGGGCGAUUCAGAAAAAAGCAACGCCUGGAGAAAAUCAGUGAAGAUAACGCCCGCCGAACUUAUAUGCCGCAGCCCAAAGAGGAAAAGCAUUCUGUCUUCAUGGGACCGACUGACAACCAGACACUGUUUAAGCUGGGGCUACACGAGUCGGUGAACUUUGGCGAAGCGUGGGGAGAGGCUAAGCAAAAACCAUCAUCGAAAGAAGAUCGAGCAGACACUUCAGGAGCACCUAAGAAGAUGCGAGAGGGCUGGGUUCUAAACAUGGGCCAAAAGAUUCAAUGCACAGCUUGGGCGCCAAAUCAACCGGGUCUCACUCAGUAUCUAGCCGUUGUGGCUCCAAUAUCAGAAGAACAGAAAAAUGGGUACAAGGGCCCGUUCGAGGGUAAAAUGGCUCCAGCAUUCAGCCCAUCAGCGCCAUAUCCGAGUACAUUGCAGCUGUGGACAUUCAAGGCAAAAAGAGGUGAUUCACUGACGAAGCCUCUUGACAUGGAUUUCAAGCCCAGAUUACGACUGGCUCUAUGCACAGAUUGGGGUGACUUGAAACGGUUGUCGUGGUGUCCUAUGCCUCGAGCUACACGGGAUGAAGAUGACGAAGACGCUUUGAAAAACAUUGGUCUUGUGGCAGGUGUUUGGGGAGAUGGGUGCGUAAGGGUCCUUGAUAUCAAGAUUAGUCGGGAUCCCAACACAGCGGAAUUCUACAAAGUUCAUUCUUCCGUCUUCACAGCAAAGCCUCCUUCGACUGUGUGUACGUGUGUGACGUGGCUAUCUCCAAGUGACAUUGCUGUAGGCUGUGCCAACGGGUUCGUUGCGAUCUGGAGUAUUGCGCCUUCACAGACGUCUCAAUCGAACCCCCUGCCAUACUUUUAUCAACAAGUCCACUCGACAUACAUCCUUAAUCUAGCAUCGGCCUAUCCAAUGCACCCUCAUAUCAUAUGUACUACAUCCAUGGAUGGAGAGACCCGGAUGUCAUCGAUUACCGACCACCAGAAAGAUAAGGUCGAAACAAACCGCAUGCGUAUAGGAUCCCCGUUUGUAUCAUUCUCUCCCUGGCUGCAUUCAUUCUUCUCCAGCGAUGAGAAUGACUUUGUCCGGCUUCUGGCUGUGCGGCGAUUUUUCACCACAACUGCCGUAGCUAGACUUCCCAGUACAAUUUCCGCGUUGGCGCCGUGUAGCUCCUGGCAUCCGGCGGUGAUGUUUGGAUGCACUGGGGGUGCAGUAGUUGCGACAAACCCCAUACGACGACUUUUACAUCCCAAGGAAAAACAAUGGCAGCAGAUAUGGUUUUCACAUGAAUGGGUGCGGGGCAAGGAGGCUGGGAGUCCUGGAGUGAGUCGGUUCCAAGAUGGAUAUCGAGCGGACAGCAUCAGCCUAUUACGGAAUAUGAUGGGCGACCGGAAGUUGAUUAACGGUACCAUGAUGAUUACUAUAUUCGAAGAAGGGACUCACAUCACGGCGUUAUCAUGGAACCCCAAUCAACCGUGUGCGGGAUGGGCUAGUGCAGGGACGGGCUGCGGUCUGCUUCGAGUAGAGGAUCUAGCUGUCUAG